GGUACUGCGAUAAACUACGGUCAAAAAGCCUCGAGUAACUGCUGAACUUGAAGUUUUGUGAGAACUCGGUGCACCACCAAACAUCGAAAUCUGUAAUGAAGGUGAAACGGGUACCGGUAUCGAGCUAAGUGGACAGUGGAUGAAAAUAAAGCGAACGCUGCGCAUGUGAUUGAAUUCAGGAAUUCGGAAGAACGCGUGUUUCAAGUGGCAGAUCUGAAGAUGUGGUUUCUCGCAUCGUUCCUUAUCAUCCUGCCAAUUUUCGUCGAAUCAAGAGUAUCGCGCAACGAUAUCUGCAGUUCGAAUACGUUGGCAGUAUACAAAUUACGGAUGGACACACACUGGUCAAACGAAACGUUCCCAAAGCAGUAUCCGCUCUUCAGGCCAGCUGCUCAAUUCUCUCGUUUGUUAGGCAUGGUGCACGAUUCGUCCUACGUAUUAUGGCGUGACGGAACCGAAGCAAAACGGGAAAUUCGCAUGGUAGCGGAGAAGGGUGUAGGAGAGCUUUUGGAGCAGAAGAAAGGCGUUCAAGACGUUUUUGCAGCACCCCCCGUGGUCCAAGGUGUCGGAUCGACUGAAACAAUCUUCUACUCGGACGGGAAACACCAUUUGGUCUCGGUGAUAUCAAAAAUCGUUCCAUCGCCUGACUGGUUCGUUGGAUUGGACAGCUACAAACUCUGUUCAAACGGACGUUGGAUAAGCAACAUAUCGGUUCAGGUCGGACCAUUCGACGCUGGGACCGAUGAAGGCUUCACGUUCACGGCGCCGGAUUGGCGAACGGACCCGAUAUCACCGAUAACUGCGAUCACGUCACAGUAUCCUGAUCACCCGGCGAACAGCUUCUACUAUCCUGAGCUCGAGGCGCUCCCACCUUUGGCGACUUUUCACAUAACCAGGGAACGAGUCUACAGAGCUACCGAUGGCCUCAGAGGAUCGAAAAAGAGGCGGUACAAACUGGCGAGAAUUAAUCCAGUUAUUGUUCCCUUGCCAAACGUUAUUGGAAAGGUUACGAAUGAUGGUCAUCGACGCAAACUGCCUCACGUUAAACGUGGCCAUAGAAAAUCAUCACGUCAAGCUGUAGACUGCGUUUUGGGCCAGUGGAGCACUUGGUCAUCCUGCAGUGCAUCCUGUGGAGUGGGGUUCGAAAUGCGGACCAGGAGAAUAACGAAGCCACCAAAGUUUGGGGGCUCUUGUUCGAAAGAGUUGCAACAGAAGCAAUGGUGCGGUGGACACACGAAGUGCAUCGAGCGUCACUUCAAUUGGUGAUGAGCUGCCGUGACAGAAUUAAAAUUUGAAAUUUAAUCUUCAGCAAUUAACUCAUCGGGAGACACAAAUAUGGUCUCACUUCACUUUUUCGACUUCCGUUUCUUCAGGAUUCAGAUACUGUUUUACUGAUGCGA